AUGUUUUCAUCGAUAUGCAGAAACGCUGUACGAGAAUUACAGAGUUUUACGAUGGAAAAAAGUCGACAUCUAAUUGCCGUAUGUCAGAUGACGUCAAAUCAUGAUAUGGAAGCGAAUUUGAAAAUUGCAGAUGCCUUGAUGCAGCAAGCUAAGCAACGGAAUGCUGAGAUGAUUUUUUUCCCCGAAAGCUUUGACUUCAUUGGACGCAAUCGUGAGGAGUCAAUUUCUAUGGCUCACGAUGAGAAUGGUAUUUAUAUAGCAAAGUUCCGUGAAAAAGCGAAAGAACUUGGUCUAUGGUUAUCUUUGGGAGGCUUUCAUGAAAAGGACCCGUCAGGGAAGAAUUUGCCGUUUAAUACACACCUCAUAAUAGACAGCAACGGAAGAACUCAGGGGAAAUACAGAAAACUUCAUAUAUUUGAUCUUGAGAUACCUGGGAAAGUGCGGUUAAAGGAAAGCGAAUUCUCUUCAAAAGGUCCUGAGCUUGUUGAACCGAUAACUACGCCUGUAGGUUUGAUGGGGCUAAAUAUAUGUUAUGAUGUUCGAUUCCCAGAAGUAGCAUUGUGGAGUCGGCAGCGUGGUGCUCAGGUUCUGACCUAUCCUGCUGCAUUUACUGUGAAUACUGGUCUUGCUCACUGGGAGACUUUGUUACGCGCCCGAGCAAUAGAAACGCAGUGCUAUGUAGUUGCAGCUGCACAGUCUGGCGUUCAUAAUGAAAAACGUUCCUCUUAUGGUCAUGCUAUGGUCAUUGACCCUUGGGGAGCUAUCAUUGCGCAAUGUUCGGAAACAACUGGUUUGUGUUAUGCAGAGAUUUUACCUGAGUACAUUGAUGAAGUUCGCAGGAACCAGCCCGUCUUUGAACAUCGUCGCUCAGAUCUUUACUCCAUCAUUACGAACGUGGAAGUUAACUUUGAUGAAGAAAAGGCGAUAUAUUUUGGCAACAACUUGAUUCCUGCGGACACAAUUUUCUUUAGAACUCCAUACUCUUUCGCCUUUGUAAAUCACAGACCAGUUUUACCGGGCCACGUUUUGGUAAGUCCUAGAAGAAUCGCGACUCGUUUGACUGAUUUAACGGAUUGUGAGACAGCGGACAUAUUCAAUGUUUCUAAAAAGGUGCAGGCUAUGUUAGAAAAGCACUACAAAACAAACUCGACAAGUGUUGCAGUACAGGACGGACCGGAUGCAGGUCAAACUGUUUCGCACGUUCAUGUUCACAUUGUUCCUCGAAACAAAGGCGACUUUGAUAACAAUCCGGAUGCUUUUUACGGUGAACUUGCGGAACACGAUGAUCCGGUGAAAGGUAAGAAAAUACGAGAUUUAGAUGAUAUGCGACAGGAAGCAGCGUUGUAUAGACGGUUACUUCGACAGUAA